GGAACCUCAGCGUUAGCGUGGACAAAAGAACCGGACCGUUUAUAGCGGCGCACUCACGUAGCCUCCAUGACAGCUAACAGUUGACAACAGUAAGUUGAUGUUGGCCUCUCUGUCCACGAUGAUGUCACAUGGCUUUAAGAGCAGUAAGCAGGACUUCACCUUUGGACCAUGGAAGGUGACUGCAGCCAGAAACCACAUCAUGAAGUCCAAAGACAUUGAAGGGUUAGCGGGGGAGAUGAACAUGCCCUCCCUUCCAGAGAUGCUGUUUGGGGACAACAUCCUGCGCAUCCAACACAACGACGGCUACGGCAUCGAAUUCAACGCCAUCGAUGCCCUCCGGAGAGUCAACAACAUGGAGGACGCUGUGAAGGUGGCCUGUGCUCAGGAGUGGCAGGAGAGCAGGGCGGAUUCUGAACACUCCAAAGAGGUGGUGAGACCCUACGACUGGACCUACACCACAGACUACAGAGGCACUCUCAUAGGAGAGAAUAUGCAGAUGAAGGUAGUGAAGACGGAGGAGCGGAUCGACAUGGAGAAGCUGAAGGCUCGGGAACAGAUCAUGUUCUUUGACGAGGUGCUGCUGUUCGAGGACGAGCUGCACGACCACGGCGUCUCCAUGAUCAGCGGGAAAAUUAGGGUGAUGCCCACCAGUUUCUUCUUGUUGCUGCGUUUCUUCCUACGAGUGGACGGAGUGCUGAUCAGAAUAAACGACACACGACUGUAUCAUGAGGCCGGAGCGAGUUACAUGCUACGAGAGUUCAGCACGAGAGAAAGUAAAAUAGCAGACUUGAAGAAUGUUCCCGCUGCACUGUACACGGAUCCUAAUGAGAUCGCCCAGCACCUAACACUGAAGCUGACGGAUUGUGAGAAGCUGGAGCUGCCUGCGAUGUCGCCUCAGAGAGCUGUUAAUGACGUCCAGUGACCGCCAUACUAAUAUGUCACAUUGAUGUGUUGCAUGAUAACAAAUUGAAAUAGUAGUCUUAACCCACAUUCUUCCUGGUUACAUAACAAACAUCCCCUUCAAAUAUCUGUACAGGAAUAGUUUUUAUAUGUGCCACUAUGAUGGUCCUUAAACUCCUGCCACUUGUUUCAGUGUUCACAGUGCAGCGUGAUGCACUAUAAUAUCAAGGAACCUUUAACCCUAGUUAAAUACUUUGGUCCAGCUUCUGACUGUUCAUAUUUGAACUGGUUUUGUUUUAUGAUACAUUUUUUCACUGCCUUUGACAUGAAAAGGCUUGCUAGUGUAGCUGUCUCAUGCUUGUAAUAUCAGUAUAUCAAAAAUGUGUUUGUACAAAAAGCGACACAAACAGCACUGUAUUUUCUGAAGUCAGUCAUGAAGAAUUUCUGUAAAUAUGUCUACUGUAUUUUCUACGGUGACUUAUAGAACUUAAACAAGUGUGUUCUCCAUUCGCAGUCCAACACCUUCAGGAUCUCUGUGAAUAUGUCUCCCAUAUGGCCAAAUAUACAUUUGUCUGUGUACAAAUAUCUGGCUUGCUUUGCUGAUGCUGGAUUCUUGUUUUCUUUUUACAAUGUUUGUGAUGUUUGACAAAAUGCAUUUCUACCAGUAAUCAUUAUUUUAAUGAAUCUCCACAUUCAAUGCAAAUAGAUUUUCAUUGUUAUUUUGUAGAUUUGACCUGCGUUUAGUUUCACUUUAGAAUCAGAAUGGACCAUGAAGCAAAAUGAGGAAAUGUAGUGAUAUCAAAUGUUUUUAAUUUAAUGAGGAAUUGCUAAUAAAUACUAUAUAUGAAUAUAGGGUUAAUCAUCCAACAGGAUAAUUCAUUUGAGCGAGUAUAGUGACAAAAAGACAGAAUAGGACGGGUUUUUUUAAAACACAAGAAAGAAAGAACUAGAGGGAGAGAUGAACUAACACAUUGCGGGUUUGGGUCUUUUCUAUGGGUCGGGACAAAACAACUUCAGAACAAUGUCAACCAUGGUGCAUAACUCAAUAAAUUCCAUGUUUUGUGUGUAGAAAAAACACAUGUUUGUGUUGUAUGUCCAUGUUUCUGUGAAUGAAGUUCUUAUAAAGUUCUGCAUUAAG